AUGUCAUCUCCGGGAAUGGGCACUCCCAGUGACCCCCUCUUGGCCAGUCCAGGAGGGAGGUUUUCUACAGCUCAGGAAGGUAUCUGGAGGAGCUCACUCCCCAAAACUGCCAGCUUCCCAACGUCCACCACUCGGCACCUCAGUCACCGUGCCAACAACUUCCAAAGACAGCCAAAACGUCGGAAGUUGAUAAGACCUUCUCCACCUCCGCCGCCCAACACCCCAUGCCCCCUGGACCAGCUGGACCUCAGUGAGCUUCCCCCGAGACGCACCUUCCAAGAGCUGCUUUUCAAUGGCUGCAUCCUGUUCGGUAUUGAAUUUAGCUAUGCCAUGGAAACGGCUUAUGUGACCCCUGUGCUUCUACAGAUGGGCCUACCUGAUCAGUUCUACAGCUUGGUGUGGUUUAUAAGCCCCAUACUGGGAUUCCUUGUUCAGCCUCUCUUAGGAGCAUGGAGUGACCGCUGUACAUCCCGGUUUGGACGAAGGAGACCAUUUAUUCUGGCCUUGGCGAUAGGGGCGUUGGUUGGUCUAUCCCUGGUUCUGAAUGGGCGGGACAUGGGAAGUGCACUGGCGGACACAGCAUCAAAUCACAAGUGGGGAAUUAUUCUGACAGUGUGUGGUGUGGUUCUGAUGGACUUCAGUGCUGAUUCAGCAGACAACCCAAGCCAUGCAUACAUGAUGGAUGUGUGCAGCCCGGAGGACCAGGAUCGGGGGCUGAACAUCCACGCUCUCCUGGCAGGACUUGGAGGUGGAUUUGGCUACAUCGUGGGUGGCAUCAAUUGGGACCAAACACAAUUCGGGAAGUCGAUGGGAGGUCAACUACGGGUUAUAUAUCUGUUUACGAGUAUCACUUUGGUGAUUGCCACAGCCAUGACUCUGUUUAGUAUCCCUGAACGGCCCCUACCAAAGAGUCAGUCGAACAAAAACUCCAGCAAAAAGCAUCUGAAAAGCCCCAGCCUCCCUCUUCCUCCCUCUCCCCCUGUUGCCCCUGGAUUGGGUCCAGGAAUGGAUGACGAGGACGAGGACGGUCUUUACGGCUAUAAUUUCCCAAAGCCUCACCCAUGUAAUUCUGAUGCUCUGGCCCAUUCUUGCAGUGCUAAUGCACGCCUCUGCGCUGGCCUCACUAGCCCUAUAUCGCCCCUGAGUCCCCUCACCCCAAAAUAUGGCAGCUUCAUAAGUAGGGACAGCUCACUCACGGGCAUCAAUGAAUUUGCCUCUUCACUAGGAACCUCCUACAUAGACAGUGUGCUCAUAGACUGCUAUACAGGUCAGCAGACACCACAGGCCCUGGCGCCCAACUCCACCACUGCACCCCUACCUCCAGGAGACUCCCCUCCUCCUGACGAACAAACACAAGGGGCAGGGAGCCAAGCUGCAGGACAGACUCGGGCUGAUGUGGUGUCUUAUCCAGCUGGGGAAGCUCAGGUUGCAGAAGAGGCCCAGCCUUUGGAAGAUGCACAAUCUCACGGAGCAUCUCAGGUCGCGACUGGGGCCCAGGCUGGUGCAGGGUCACAUCGUGGCUCCAGUGCUGGCAUCCUGAAGCGACCCCAGAGUCUUGCACUAAUCGAGGAGCCAAUGGCAACCCAGAUUGUCGGGCUGGAGAAUGGACGCAGAAGAACAGUGACCUUCAGCCAGCAGGUUGCAAACAUUUUGCUGAAUGGGGUGCGCUAUGAGAGCGACCUGAGUGAGAACGUUGAGACAGGAGAUUCUCAAAUGUCAAUAAGGCUGCUGUGUAUAGCCAUCUAUAGGAUGCCUCCCUCUCUGCGGAGUUUAUGCACUAAUCAUUUUUUAGGUUGGCUGUCCUUUGAAGGCAUGCUGCUCUUCUACACUGAUUUCAUGGGGGAAGUUGUGUUUGAAGGAGACCCCAAAGCACCCCAUGACUCUGAGGCUUACCAACGCUACAAUGCUGGUGUUAGCAUGGGCUGCUGGGGCAUGUGCAUCUAUGCAUUCAGUGCUGCUUUCUACUCAGCCAUAUUGGAGAAACUGGAGGAGCGUUUCUCUCUUCGCACUCUUUAUUUUUUUGCCUACCUGGCAUUUGGUUUGGGCACAGGCCUGGCCACUCUUUCCACCAACCUCUACGUGGUACUCUCUCUCUGUGUCACCUACGGGGUGCUCUUUUCUUCUCUAUGCACGCUGCCUUACUCUCUGCUGUGUGAAUACUACCAGAGCCCUCAGUUUUGUGGCUCAUCAGAGGAAGGGACCAGACGAGGGAUGGGGGUGGACAUCUCUCUGCUCAGCUGCCAGUACUUCCUGGCUCAGAUCCUGGUCUCUGUGGCGAUGGGACCUCUGACCUCACUAGUAGGUGGGGCCCAGGGAGUGAUGUACUUUGCAAGCCUGAUGUCAUUCGUGGGCUGCCUGUACUCCUCUCUCUGCGUGGUGUACCACCUGCCCCCCCCUGAGGGUGAGCCCCCCGAAAGUGAGACCCAGCCACUAUUGGUGCACAUUUAG